CAGCCACAUAGCACCCCCCAACAGCCCGCCGUCGCACCGUGGCAACAAGCAUUAAACUCCAACUUUCUAUUGACCUGUUUUGCAACUUGGGGCCCUUUUAAUCCCAAUCAUUGUUCGAUAUACGCGCUUUACUGACCUUGUGCACUACAACGCUGCCAGUGCUGCUAACCUGAACGCGCCUAAACACAACAAUCUCCUUUUCGCGACGAUCAACACUUGCGAUAGCCAACAGUGUUCAAAACCUACCCAGCAGCCAUGUCGAUUGAUAUUGAGCCCUCGGAGCUGAAUUUCCGCCGACCCUUCACGGUCGAGGUGUCGCAGACCCUUACGCUGCGAAACACCAGCUCUACACCUCUUGCCUUCAAGGUCAAGACCACAGCCCCCAAACAAUACUGUGUCCGACCCAACGCCGGCCGCAUCGAACCUGGCCAAGAUUUCGAUGUUACAGUCCUGCUCCAGGCCAUGAAGGCCGACCCCCCUCUGGACUCUCGAUGCCGUGACAAGUUCCUCGUCCAGUCUGCUGCCAUUACUGCCGACAAGGACUUUGCCAACAUCGCCACAGUUCUUGACUCGACAGACAAGAGCCACCUCCAAGAACGCAAGAUUCGAGUGAACUGGCUUGCCGCCUCCAACGACUUCGAGGUCUCGACUGGCUCGACACUCGCCGGACUUACUCCUAGCAAGCACGCUGCGGUCAAUGGAGCUGAUACCCCCGAUAUUUCACGCACGUACUCAUCCCCCAGUGGCGGUGCCGUACCACCCCCAUACACCGAAGAAGUUUCCGCCUUUGAAGACGAUUCCAACGAUACUCCUCGCUCUACAAAGGCUUCUGCCAGCGGUGCUGCGCUGUUCCCUACCGAAUCGAGAGCCAAGGCCGCUCCUGCGGAUCUCUCUGCGUCUGGAGACACUGGCCUACGUCAACGCGCGGUCAAGACUACUACCUCCGAGAAGCCAAGUGCCGCCGGCGAGGUGACACAGGCUACAAAGGCGCCUGAUGGUGUAUCUGUUCAGAUGGUGGCUAUCCUAUGUUUGCUGAGCUUCUUACUGGCAUACUUUUUCUUCUAGUAACCUGAUAUACUCUAUUGAGAAUGGAUUCAGCGGCUCAAUGAUGGUUUUACUAGUGUGGGUGAGAUCGUACUGGAUGCGGCGAAUAUUCUUAACACAAAAGUCGCCCCUCCUGGUAACCAUAUCAAGUUGCGUUGGCAAUGCGGCGGCAGCGAAUUUGGGAAGAGGCGUAGAAAAUGGAGGUAAGCUGGUGCUGCGACGGUGAAGUAACUUGGCUUUUCAGUUGGGAGACGGAGACCUCUGGUAAUGUUUUGUUUGUAAUCUGUGUAACUAAGCAUUGAUUUCAGUAUUGAGUUCUAUUUUACGACUGCCUAUAAACACGUACAUUGUCUACCAUCCUCUCGUAUUGAGCAACACAAUGUCAAUGCUUUUUUUCUUGCAAACUGACAGCAGAAGUCAAGAGUUCAAAUAAAGUAGAAUAAGAACCGAUACGCCGAGAAACGCCUUGAAAGAUGAAGAAUUCGCAAAUAUGCAGUCUGAAGAUUAAGCUUGGACUUCAGACUCGUUCCAGCUGGCAGUGCCUCCAACACGGCGGCCACCCUCCUGGCGCUUGACACGGCAAUUAAGACCGACGUUCUCAUCCCAAAUAAAUCUCCAGAUUACAUAUGUCCAGCUUUCAUGACGAGGAAGGUCCUCGUAGAAUUCGCGAGCGAUGUUGUAGACAGCUGGCAAGCGAGUCCAGGGAAUAGCAGGAAAGUCAUGAUGCUCGUUGUGCAGACCGACAUUGUAGAGAAGCACGUUCAGAGGACCAUAGUAAGAAAAGGUCUCGGGAAUAGGAACCUUGUUUUCGGGGUUCUUCUGAGUCGGUGUGAUAUUCUCGUAUACAUAGUGCUCAGCAAUGAAGUGACCGGCGACAGGAUGCAGACUGCCAGCAAGGAAGGACGACAGUAGCAGGUAGAGAACGGCAUGGCCACCAGCGUAGCGUGCUAAGACGAAAUCGAACGCAACCUGGACGGCAAUAUUGAGUGCAUGUAUCCCGGUAAGAGGGAUCUGAUAGAUGGCCAUAGGCCGGAGAGCAUAGAAGAAGAUCUGAAAGGUGCAGAAGAAGGCCUUGCCGAGAAUGGAGUCGAGGAAAAUCGCCUCAAAAGCAGUGGGCAAGUCUACAUCCAGUCCAUCGACACCGAGCGAUUUGUGGUGAGUAAGAUGAUAUGG